AUGCACUCCAAAAUUAAUUCGCUGACUUUGCUGAGUCUGCUGUCUCUAUCGCUGGCUGCUCCUGCCCCAGUCCCAGUUCCACUUCCGCAAGACGUCACACCGAUACAAGAGCGUCAACUCAUUAGUGGACUUUUCAACGGCUUGAAUGGACUCCUCAGCGAUGUAAACUCUGCAGUCGCGGCAGGUAACCCUUCUGCCCUGCUCUCCGCUCUGGGAGAUAUCAAACCCAUUGCCCGACCCACAGACAUACCAAAUGCCCUCGCGGAGGAAUCUGCAAUCUGGGCGUCAGAAGCUCGAACAGACUUCUUUGGGGCUGUUGCAACUCAAGUUGCCAAUGGUCUCAUUCUCGACAACACAUUCAGCGCUGCUCUCACCGGUGCUCUUCCUGCGGGUGAAAACAGCGUGAUCAAUAACAAUUUACCCCCCGCCAUGACCAUUUACCCGAAAAAAGCCAGUAUAGAUGCUCCCUACACGCUUUCCGAGGCCGCUCUCCGUCAAGCGCUUUUCAUUCCUCCAGGCUUCACAUACGGGAAGAAGAAUCCAGUUCUCUUCGUCCCCGGCACAGGAGCCUACGGCGGCUCCAACUUUGGCCCUAAUCUCCGUAAACUGCUGACCGGAAAAGACUACGCCGACCCUGUCUGGCUCAAUAUCCCCAACGCUAUGUUGGGCGACGCCCAAACAAAUAGCGAAUACAUUGCCUACGCCAUUCACUAUCUCUCGUCCAUAUCCCAGCAGAAGAAAAUCAGCAUCAUCGCCUGGUCCCAAGGCAGCCUUGACACGCAAUGGGUUCUGAAAUUCUGGCCCAGCACCCGCAUAAUCAUCCGCAGUUUCCUAGCCAUCAGCCCAGACUUCAAAGGGACAGUUCUCGCCAACGCCCUCUGCCUCAGUCCAAACACCAAACUAGCACUCAACCCGCUCUGCCCGGCCUCCGUCAUCCAGCAAGAAGCAACCUCCAAAUUCAUCGCCGCCAUGCGCAGCAACGACGGCAGCUCCGCCUAUGUCCCCACCACAACUUUCUACAGUGCCUUGUUUGACGAAAUCGUACAGCCCCAAUCUGGCCCCAACGCAAGCGCCUUCCUCUCCGACGUGCGCGGCGUCGGCGUCUCGAACAACGAGGUCCAGAGCGUAUGUGCAGGGCAGCCGGGUUCGGGCUUCUACGAUCAUGCGGGCGUGCUGUUUCAUCCGCUGACGUGGGCGUUGGUUGUGGAUGCAUUGAUGUAUGGGGGCGUGGGCAAGUUGGAGAGAAUCAAUGUCAAGGAGGUUUGUGGGAGGCUGGUGGCGCCUGGGUUGGACCUGGACGAUGUGCUGGCUACGUUGGGGCUGAUUCCUGUGGCCGCGGUGUUGUUGGCGGCCAGUCAGGAGCGGAGGAUUACGGAGCCGGCGUUGAGGAAGUACGCGGUAUGA